AUGCCUUUUGGUGGGUUGAAAGGUUUGAAGGAGCAGGUGUUGAAGCCUGGGAAGGAGGAGGUGAAGAGCAGUGUGGGCGACUCUAUGGGAAAACUGCAAAGGAAAAUAGAUGGGAGCAACGUAGAAGAAGAGGACAAUAUUGAGCUGACAGAGGAUGGGCGCCCCGUGCGAUCAGCAGCACUUCCUGCCCCGCUGGUGGACUGCAGCUGUGGCGGUAUCCCUAAACGAUACAUCAUCGCCAUCCUCAGUGGCCUGGGCUUCUGCAUCUCCUUUGGCAUUCGGUGCAAUCUUGGUGUGGCCAUUGUGGAGAUGGUGAACAACAACACUGUCUAUAUCAAUGGGACUCCAGUGCUUCAGAUGGCUCAGUUCAACUGGGAUCCAGAGACAGUGGGGCUGAUCCACGGCUCCUUCUUCUGGGGCUACAUCGUCACUCAAAUCCCCGGUGGCUUCAUCUCCAACAAGCUCUUUGCCAACAGGGUGUUUGGGGCGGCCAUUUUCCUGACCUCAGUGCUGAAUAUGUUUAUUCCAGCAGCAGCAAGGGCUCACUACGGCUGCGUCAUGUUUGUCCGCAUCCUGCAGGGCUUGGUCGAGGGUGUCACCUACCCAGCAUGCCAUGGGAUGUGGUCCAAAUGGGCACCACCUCUUGAGCGGAGUCGACUGGCCACCACUUCAUUCUGUGGAUCCUAUGCGGGAGCAGUGAUCGCCAUGCCUUUAGCUGGAGUGCUCGUUCAGUAUGUUGGCUGGUCUUCAGUCUUUUACAUCUAUGGAGUUUUUGGGAUCCUGUGGUACAUACUGUGGCUCCUGCUGGCGUACGGAAGUCCUGCCGAACAUCCCACAAUCACCGAAGAGGAGCGGAUGUACAUCGAGACGACCAUCGGAGAAACAAUCCACCAACUGAGUGCAACUGAGAAAUUCAAGACUCCAUGGCGUCGAUUCUUCACCUCCAUGCCCGUUUACGCCAUCAUCGUGGCCAACUUCUGCCGCAGCUGGACCUUCUACCUGCUCCUCAUCAGCCAGCCGGCUUACUUUGAGGAAGUUUUCGGUUUUCCCAUCAGCAAGGUGGGGAUCCUGUCUGCUGUCCCUCACAUGGUGAUGACAAUUGUGGUCCCUAUCGGGGGUCAGCUGGCUGACUACUUACGCAUCAACAAAAUCAUGUCGACCACAAAUGUGAGAAAACUCAUGAACUGUGGAGGUUUCGGGAUGGAGGCCACUCUGCUGCUGGUCGUUGGGUUUUCUCACACUCGAGGAGUCGCCAUCUCCUUCCUCGUUCUGGCUGUGGGCUUCAGUGGAUUUGCCAUUUCAGGUUUUAAUGUCAAUCAUCUGGAUAUUGCUCCUCGCUAUGCCAGCAUCCUGAUGGGUAUUUCUAACGGUGUUGGAACCCUCUCUGGGAUGGUGUGUCCCCUGAUUGUUGGAGCUUUGACGAAACACAAGACUCGUCUGGAGUGGCAGAAUGUCUUUGUUAUUGCGUCCAUGGUGCAUUACACAGGGGUCAUCUUCUAUGCCAUCUUUGCCUCGGGAGAGCAGCAGGUCUGGGCCAACCCCGAGAGCACAAGUGAGGAAAAAUGUGGCAUCAUUGAUGAAGACGAGCUGGCUGAAGAGACAGAGCUCCAAAGCGAAAACCCUGUGGCCCCCAAAAUGAGUUAUGGCACAACAGACAAUUCAUCUGGCCGAAGACAUGGCUGGAAAAAGAAGAGAGGUGUGACCAUGCAAGAGGAGGAGGAACAUUGCGGGAAUGGGGACUUCCAGGACGGGUACCAGUGAGCCUGGACUUCCUGAGCACUGGAAUCUGAUCAUAGAUGAAUUUCCCACCUGUGGAAUGUCAUCGACAUCUUUGAAGAAGCAAGAGAUCAAACGUACCUCAAGACUGCUCUGUUUUUUUUUUUGGGGGGGGGGGGGGGGUGUCAAUGUAGCAUUUUAAAUGUAAAGUUCAACAAUCCACAAUUUCUAGAAAACAAUCAUAUGGGAACAGAACAAUUACAAGGGCAGGCAGUGGAACACAAACCUCUGCCAAGGUCGACAGUCUCCUUAAAUCCAAUCGAGCUGUGUUGAAUUGCACACCCUCAUAGACACCAAUCCCCUUAAUAUGCCCCACUUUAAACAUUCAUGCUUUAUCCCCUGGAAAAUAAGUGAAAAUGUCAAAACAUCUUUGUCCGGAUCCAGGACGAAAUGAUAUGGGUUCUUUCUUGGCCCACGUCCCAUCCUUCCUCCGUGUUUCAUGGAAAACUGUCUUUUAGUUUUAGAGUAAUAUUCCUGACAACCAACCAACCAACCAACAGGCAGACAUGGGUGAAAUGUAAACAAAUAAAAUGCUGAAAUCAAAUGUUAUCUUAUAAAAAUCCUGCUUGAGCAAAAUAAGAAACAUCUACAAAUACACAAUGAAAUCAGAAGUUGAACAUUAAAUCCAAUUCUACAUAUACUUUAAACAAGUAUUCUUAUUAAUAGACUAAAGAAGUGACAUCAAACAUCCAAACAUCCAUGGAGAAGCGGCUUCAAUCCAGACUUGAUUUCCACCUUCAUCCUGUGCUGAUCGUUCUCCGCCUGUGCAAACGUUUACUGGACCUUAUGUAGCUUUCCUCUGAACAUGUAAAUAGUUUUUGACAUUCUUCAUGUCCGCUAUGCAAUGUGAAUGUAAUAAUGGGUUUGACAGCAGACCACAGUGUAAAUGUUAUGAGCCUUCUUGUUUGUUGGUUUUUGCUCGUAUGUAUUUGCUGCUGCUGAAUGAUUACACUCUGUCACCGCUCGCCUCCCCUUGUCCAUCAGAUCUCAGUUCUCCAUCCAUUUGUAAGGCGCGUCUUCCAGCAUUUUAUCAGCUCCAUUAUUUAUAGUGUGCUGAGCUCAUAAUGGGCUGAAAUGGAUGGUGACAUAACUCUGUGAAGCUUUUAGUGUAACUCUAUUUAUUCUUUUGGUGUUUGUCUUUUUGCAACCCCUCAAUGUUUGAUACAUUGAGACCCAGAAUGUUUCCAAAAAACGCUGGAGGCUGAUGUUUCACUUUGAUCCUAGAAGAGUAAAGAAGUUCACACUCAUUCUUCCUCAGCACUGCUAAUGAUGAGACAGUAGAGUAUGAUCAUAUUGUUUGAGGGGGCUUGGAUUUGAUUUGCACUUUACUUGAACACACCACAGAUGUAAUGAACAACAUUUCUGUUCUGUA